AUGUCUCAACACGAUAAAGGAACGAACACAAUAUCCUUGGUAGCUUCUGAAAAUAGCAAAAUAAGCAACAUCAACCUGUAUUCUGGGCGCGCUGAAAUCACUAGGCUUUUCAAAUUCGAUAUAAAGGCAGGCCAGAACAAGGUUACUAUCUUGGGUCUUCCAUGGUCUUUGCAAGAUAAUUCUCUAAGGGUCGAAGGACGCGGAAACGCGUCAAUACAUGAUGUUGUAGUCGCAAAGACACUACCUCCUCCUCGCAAGUCUUCCAAUACUAUAGAUAACACUCAGGCGCGCAACCCUUUGAAGCGCCGAAAGAAGGAACUCGAAUCCGAGCUCGACAGCACCAGGCAUGCUCGAACAGCUCUGGAUAAGUCCCUAGAUACCGUCGGUGAAGGCGGCUUUGAGGCGUCCCAGUUGGAAGGAACUCUGGAUACCUACUUCAGGCUGGGGCGCAAAGUGGCCUUGCGAAUACUUGAUAUCGAGAAAGAACUGCUAGAAGUCGAAGAACUGAUCAAGCAGGAGGAAAAACAAAGGAAGGCCGCGCCUUUCAUUCCAUCAUGGCAAGUGUCAAUUGACGUCCACGGCAAAUUUGAUGAGAAUGUUCGCGUUUAUCUCAAAUAUGCUGUACGAAAUGCUGACUGGACAGCGGCGUACGAUAUUCGCGUUUAUACCCAAGCCAAAGAGAAAGCAGUCGCCAUUGUGUACAAAGCCGUCAUCACUCAGGACACAGGUGAAUCCUGGGACGACGCAUCGUUGACGCUUGAGACUGCUCAACCUUCUUUCGGCAUCCAGCUUCCAACACUUUCCCCAUGGCGCGUUAUGCCCCGGCAAACUACCAUAGAAUAUCCAUCGGGGCAUGUUCGAGAACGAAGAAGAUCACCGUCACCCCGUGGGAGAGCUCAAUCUCGCUCGCGGUCCCCACGCAGGCACCGACGGGUGUCUCCGUCUCGUGACAGUACACUUAGUUUUCCAUACUCGUCGGGGAAUUACGACCGAGAGCCUGAGCUGGUGCAUCGGACUGUUUCUGUCUCAGAUAAAGGCGGAAUUUCCGCCGUGUUCCGUGUCCCUGGUGUUAUUAAUGUGCCCAGCGAUGGCGGGAAACAUAAUGUUACUAUCGCGCAUUUCGACGUGAAUGCAGAGCUAAUGUGGUUUGCAAUUCCUGCAGUGGACACCAGGGCGCAUAUCAAGGCAAGAAUUCGAAACGAGUCUGACUACCCAUUUAUUCCUGGUCUCGCAAACAUCUAUGUUGAUGGAAGCUUUGUUGCAACAACCUACAUCCCUUCCAUCAGCCCACAAGAAGUAUUCGAAUGUCCACUUGGGCUUGAUCCUUCUAUACGCCUCACAUACCAUCCCCGAGAAAAGAAAUCUGCACAAUCAGGUUUCUACUCCAAGACGUCGACGCAGUCAUUCACCCAGCGUAUAUCGGUCUUCAAUAAGAGGUCUGCUCCUGUCACAAACCUCAAGCUGAUCGACCGAAUCCCCGUCUCAGAGGACGAGCGCAUCGAAGUCAAAUUGAUCAGCCCGCAAUUGACGCCCGUGCCUGCUGCUAAAGCCGGGGGCAAAGCUGCUGCCGCUGCCAGUCAAUCUACGGCUACAAGCAAGGCUCCUGGAUCUCCAAGCUCUAUUCCCGCUUGGUUGCGUCCCAUACGUGUAUCCGAGGGCGUUAUGGCACAGUGGGAUGGUAUUGACGACCCGACUGGAGGCGCUGGUUUAAGCGCUGUCGGGAAAACUGGCAAGUUCAACUGGUUGCUAUCGGUUCCGGCUCAGACAACCAUUUCCCUUGUUCUUCAUUUUGAAGUUAAUUACCCAGAGGCUCUUGCCGUACAAGUUACGUCAUUAAAACCAGAGUGGGCCUUCCAGUGGCGAGUUUGUACGUUACAUACCACCACCACCCGAAUCUGCUUUGCUAUCCGACUUCAAAUUGAUAUCAAUCAUUCGUAUAUAAUGAACAACACCAACGAGGCCCAAAACACGUUCAAAUAUAUCGAGGCCGCCUGCGGAUUUGUUCCUGUUCCUGCGCUGAGUUCUGCAGCAGAGUUGUUGUGCCCGCUUGUACUGGCUCUAGAGGCUCUAGAGGGCUUGAAGGAAGACACGCAGUGCUGCAAUAUUCUCGUCGAGACUGCAUUAGAGAUUGCCAAAUCUAUGAACGAUAGCGCCAAAGAGAUUACCAACCGAGGAGAUAAGAUAUCCACCAACUUGAUCCACCAUAUUAACGAGUUCAACAACACGCUGCACGACGUCGUACCGGAGUGCUAUAAGCUUAUGGUCCGACAGUCGACGCUCAAACGACUUCGGUGGCAAAAUAAAAAUAAGGAAGUGAUAAAUGGGUUGAUAGAUCGAAUGAGGAGUGCUCAGACAAAGUUCCAGGAUGAAAUACUGGGGAUCAGCAACGGAGCCGACAACAUAAGGACCGCAGUUGAAAAAUACAGGAAACUGGUAUCAACUCCAGAUCCCAUUUCGACUCCAGGACCCACGCGUAGACCAGCAUCUACUGAUUACACGCAUACGACCACAUUUGCUCCCUCUCUCGCACCUCCACCUUACUCUAAAGAAGAGAGGCAAUCGAUAGAAUUGGAGCACAUUUAUGUUCCUUCGAACUCGAACGUCCAGAACAUAGGGAAUUAUGAGGCUACCUUCCCCGGACCGAUGGUCAGAGUCAGUACGAGUGGCAUCGUUGUGGGAAGGGGUGCAAUUGCAAGGAAUAUUGGGAAUGUAACGACGACAGUGAGCUUUGUGUCGCAACCUGGCGAGUCCAACUAA